CGCCGCGCUCCGCUGCCCGCCCCUCUGGGAGUCCUGGUACCACGUCGGGCCGGCGCGAUGGGCAAGAAGGGCAAGAAGGAGAAGAAGGGCCGUGGGGCGGAGAAGACGGCUGCCAAAAUGGAGAAGAAGGUGUCCAAGCGCUCGCGGAAGGAGGAGGAAGACCUUGAAGCUCUGAUAGCCCAUUUCCAGACACUGGAUGCUACAAAGACUCAGAUCGUGGAGACACCAUGCCCCCCACCUUCACCAAGGUUACAUGCCUCACUCUCUGCUCAUCCUGAGAAAGACGAAUUAAUCCUUUUCGGAGGUGAAUAUUUCAAUGGCCAAAAAGUAAAACAUUUAUGUAUAAUGAACUGUACAUCUACAAUAUCAGGAAGGACUCCUGGACCAAAGUGGAGAUCCCCAAUCCACCUCCAAGGCGCUGUGCUCACCAGAUCAACAGGAGGCCCUUCAGGUCGGAGUGGACAUCGGAUGGUAGCCUGGAAGAGACAGUUAAUCCUUUUUGGUGGCUUCCAUGAGAGUACAAGAGAUUACAUCUACUACAAUGAUGUGUAUGCCUUUAACCUGGACACGUUCACUUGGAGCAGACUGUCCCCAUCAGGGGCUGGGCCCGCACCUCGGUCAGGCUGCCAGAUGUCCAUCACCCCCCAGGGCAGCAUUGUCAUCUAUGGGGGCUACUCGAAACAGAGAGUCAAGAAAGAUGUGGACAGAGGCACCCAGCAUUCAGAUAUGUUCCUGUUGCAGCCUGAGGACGGAAGAGAAGCAGGCAGGUGGGCCUGGACCCGGAUUAAUCCUGCAGGAGCCAAGCCCACUCCGAGGUCUGGCUUUUCGGUGGCUGUGACCCCGAACCAUCAGACACUGCUCUUCGGGGGUGUGUGUGACGAGGAAGAGGAGGAGAGCCUGGAGGGGGACUUCCUCAACGACCUGCAUUUCUAUGAUGCCGCCAGGAACCGCUGGUUUGCGGGGCAGCUGAAGGGACCUAAGUCAGAGAAGAAGAAACGUAGGAGGGGCCAAAAAGCAGAGCCCGAAGGUGCUAACAAGCGGGAGUGGGGGGGAGCCGGUGCCCAGCAGCCGCUGGAGGUGGUCAGAGAGGUGGUCACAGAGGACGGGACCGUGGUGACCAUUAAACAGAUGCUGGCUGCCCCGGGCUCGGCUGGACAGCCCCCAUCCGACGAGGAGGACAGCCCUGAUGAAGCCGGCGGCGCUGUGGUGGAGCCGAGCCCCCGCUCGAACGCCAUGCUGACCGUGAAGCACGGCCAGCUCUACCUGUACGGAGGCAUGUUUGAGGCAGGUGACCGCCAGGUCACCCUCAGCGACCUGUACCGCCUAGAUCUGCACAAGAUGCAGGAGUGGACGGCCUUGGUGGAGAUGGAUCCAGGAACUCAGGAGUGGCUGGAGGAGACGGACUCCGAAGAGGACAGUGAUGAGGAUGAGGGUGCCGAGGGCGGGGACGAGGACGAGGACAGCGGCGGGGAGGCUGGGGAUGUGCUCUCAAGGCAAGCUUAAGUUUUUGAAAGAACAUUCGUACGUGGAGUGCAUUUGAGCGGCGCCGUGUUGGUUUCUUGGAUGGAGUGAAGAAUGCCCUCGCCAUGUGAUUUCUUUAAAUUCGGUGCCCGUGAUCGCCCCAUCAGGCGGUGAGCGGGUGGCCUCUGGAGCUGCCAGACCCAGGCCGCCGUCCUGGGCUCAACUUGCUUCCUUCCCGCCCCCUCCUUCCCCACGGAGCAGCUCCCGCACGCACGGUGCUGCCCGCCGAGCGGCUUGCGGACGGCCUGCUCAGGCCCCACCAGUGUCGGGUAGAGCUCACCCUGGACAACGUGGGGCCCCACGCCGGGAAGAGAGCAGCCCACGCCGUGGCAGACGCUUUGUGCGACGACUUGGCCUGAGCACUGUCCCCCCGCCCCCAGAAGUUGACCUGUGUGAGGUGCAGUUGCCUUCCCUCAGUAUCACUGGGUGUGAUUUAAAAUAAAGCGGCUUUGGGACGCAGCCGCAGCGAGGUGGUGAUCUGUGCGGCCCCGCUUGCCCUGGUGGUGUUGGCGGGGCCCCGUGCUGGGGCGAGGCCCCCCCCGCUGCAGGCGGCACCUGGAAGACGAGGUGGCACGCGGGUGCUUUGUGGGCGGUUUCCCUUUGGCCAGACAAGAAGCCGCAUUCCUGGUUGAUGGUACUUUGUCGGCCUGGAGGUCUCAGCUCUGAUUUCUAGAAGUUCUUGGUGGCAGCCUGCCGACCACCUUUACACGCUUUGUGUCUCUGCCGAUCUUUGAAAUAAAGUUCCUGUUGGCUGGGC